AGAAAGAUGGACCGGUUUCACAAACGGCCUAAAUGAUGAAAUGUUUUUCCUCUGGCACUCUGGACGGCUUCGUCUCGUUUCUUUGGCAGCCCCAAAGCUAUUGGGAGAGAUUCGUGGUGUGCCCAGCCUUGAUGUCCCAAUGCAGCCUCUCUCGCCCCCUUGUCCCUGGGCCAACUGUCUAAACUCCACAAGGCCAAGGAGUAACACUGUACAAGGAAGAGUUUGGAAAUAACCCCAGUCUAAAAAUAAAACCACAACAAGCCAACCCCCCCCCCCCCACUCAAGCUUGACGUUUCCUGGACUUUUGAGUGGCAUGAAACCACCCCGAUCAUGUUGAGGGACCGUGCCAGGAUUUGGGCAUCGGUCUAUAAAUGGAGAACACCUUCCCGAUGGAGAGCUGAAGAUCUUCACAAGCCCUUCCAGCUUGAAGGAGAAGGUGGUCUUGAAAAUCCCGCCAUGGAGAAUCAGAACGGAGAGCGAAUUCCCAUGCAGAGAUACUUCUCAGCUGUCCGUCACAUGGAGCAGACCGUGAUGUUCCCCAGCCUUCUCCAGGGGGUCUUGUUGGAAGACCAAGAGGAUCCAGCCGGAAUCGACUCCGAGAAGGAAUGUCCCAGGGACAGAGAUCUGUAUGACUACUUCACCCUUCUAAAAUCCAUCAAGUCCACAGCUGAAAGCGGUCUACCUCCUCUCAAUGAGAAGUGUCUCAGCUCCCGGGAAGAAGAAGAAGCUAGGGAGAAGACUGAUCUUGAAGGACUCUUUCGGUACCACAUUUCUGGCUUGUAUCACGUCCUCACCCAACUGACCACUCGAGCCAAUGCUGUGACUUCUAGGUACAAUGAAAUUCUGGGACAGAUCAAUCAGAAUGCAAUCACUUUUCGUUGGUAGAAGAGCCUCGAACAAAGAGAGAAGCUGGACUUUGUGGUGGAGGUGAUUGUACAGAUUCAGAGUCCUGUGCCUGGGGAGACAAUUUCGGAUGCAGCAUCCUUGACAAGAGAUUUAUCUAAUUGUUGUGGAACCUUAUACUUGAAUCAUUCCAGCACGGACGUCUGUGGUCAGAAGAAUUUUCUGUGCCUGGUACUGCUAAUAAUUGUAGGCUUUGUGUAUUAUUCCUAUUUUUUCGUAUUUUAAAUUGUUUGCUGGUUAAACGAAUAAAAGAGUUGAAU